GGCAAUGCCACAAUUUGAGGGGUCUUUCUACUGAUCUCAGCUCCGAAGAAUAUUGUUCGGCAUGGUUGGAGUGGCAGGGCGAUCUAAAGCAUGUCACACGUGCAGGCAGAGGAGAAUCAGGCUGACUGGAUGAUCUUCUCAAAGUGUGGCGCUGAAAAGCCGAGUUGUAGUAACUGCCUCAAGUCUGGUCGACCCUGCGCUGGCUACCAUAAAGCACAGGUCUUCAUACCAUCCCGUUACGCAAAGAUAACCAAUACUGGAGGGAUAACUUUGGACGCACCUCUAUCUCUGUCGCAGUGCAAGGCAAGCAAGCAUCACUCACAUGGACAUCAAAAUCUACCGAUAGCCACGCUUCCGAUGUCGAUACCAGCACGCAACGCGACCAGAGAUCAGUUCUUAGCCAAUUUCAUCAACCGUCAACUUCCAUCUUGUAUCCUCACCUCCGGUCACCUCAACGACCAUCGGAAGUGGCUUCUUCGCCUACCCGACGUAGCAGUACUGACACCGGCCAUGGAGUACGCUAUCUUAGCACUCAGCACCGCGGCCUUUGACAAAGAUGGCGCCCUUGGUGGUCAGAGCCUAAAGCUAUACACUAGAGGACUAUACGAGCUACAAAAGGCCAUUGACGACCCCAAAAUGAGAUCAGACGAUCAAACUCUUGCAGCCUGCGUCUUAUUGGGCAUGUUUGAGUUCUCAGAAUGUCCAGGUAGAACUGUCAGCGCAUACAUGCGGCAUUAUCAGGGGGCUAUGGCUCUGUUGCAGCUUCGGGGGCCCAAGCAGCACAUCAGUGGACUGGCGCAUGAUGUCUUCCAAGUAUUGAGGAUGCAUACUGUAAGCCGACUCAAGUCACGGUCAUACAGCUUCUGA